CAUAAAUAAAUAUUUGUAAUUAAAUAUUUCUCACACCUAUAAAUUUUCCAUUAGGGUUUACACCUAGGGUUUUUCUCCUUCCCCUCUGCCGUCGAUCAACAAUGGCCGAAGAACAAACCACCAUCGCCACCGCCGAAACCACCAACACCACCGUCGCACCGCCACCAACAGACGAUCAAUCAGCCGCUCCACAGGAAAUGGACGUUGAAACCCUAGACUCGACCACUGAUGCGGCGUCGAACGGCGGCAAACGAUCAAGAGACGAAGCCGCGACGACGGAGUCACCGGAAAACGCAACCGAAGCUAAAAAGGCGAAGGUUGAUGAAGCCGAGAAGUCUGUGGAAGAACAGAGGCUUGAGAAAGAAGAAACAAAAACCGGUCCGGUUUCUAUUGGUUAUAAGACGUUUGAGACGUCUGUGGAGAUGUAUGAUUAUUUCUUCAAGUUUCUGCACUAUUGGCCUCCUAAUUUGAAUAUUAAUAAGUAUGAGCAUGCCAUGUUGCUGGACGUGCUAAAGAAGGGUCACCUAGAAGCAGACAAAAAGAUCGGUGCAGGAAUCAAAGCAUUCCAAGUGCGAUACCAUCCACAGUGGAAAAGCCGAUGUUUUUUUCUUGUGAGAGAGGAUGAGUCUGCUGACGAUUUCAGUUUCCGUAAGUGUGUUGAUCACAUUCUUCCCUUGCCUGAAAAUAUGACUGUGAAAUACGAUUUCAACAAGGAGUCAGGUGGCGGUCGUGGUGGUAGAGGUGGCGGCAGAGGUGGUGGUCGUGGGAAUUGGCGUGGACGCGGAAGAGGCGGCAAACCAAAGAACUGAUGACUUUAUUUAUUGCAUGUCUGUCUGGAUGUUGAAUUUUGAUUAAGGUUUAGUUUUGGUGUAAUAUGUAUGAAUUAUCGGUUUUACGGUUCUUGAUAUUUUGGAUAAACCCAAAAUUGUUACGAGUUUCCCCAAUGUUUGUUUCCAGUAA